AUGCCUCCCCUGAUCCCAUACCAUGUCUCUGCCGGGAGCAAUCCCGUUGUCAAGUUCGGAGGUGCCCUUGUUACCGAAUUCCUGGAACCCCCGCCGGGUCGAUGCUUCUGCUUCCGUCAACGGUACGCCCUGAAGCCUCCCAUCGACGAAGGGGACCCAGACUAUGAGCGGAUCAAUGAGGCGCUGAAUCACCCCUCGGGCCCUCCCGUGCACUUCCACCCCUUCCAAAACGAGUAUUUCCGCGUUGAGCAAGGACGCAUGUGCCUCGAAGUCGACGGCCAGACUCGCAUCCUGACGCCCGAAGACGGGGAGGUGCAGGGCCGGGCCGGGUGCAUCCACCGGUUCUACGUCGCACCCGACAGCACCGAAGACAUGGUAAUUAUCCUCAGUGCCUCCGAUCCCGGUAUGGACUAUCAACUCGAUCGAGUGUUCUUCGAGAAUUGGUAUGGCUUGUGGCAUGAUUACCUGGUGCACGAGGGCAAGAUGGAUUUCAUCCAAUUACUCUGCGUAUGUUACUGCUCUUCCUUCCUCGAACCGAUAGAGCGCUAA